AUGAUUUUGAUGAUCUUGAAUGCUAACGACCAGGAGCUGAACCGCUGGUGCUCUCUGAGGAAGACCUGCAUGUUCAGGUCUGAGAAGGAGGAGCUGUGUGAUCUGAAGAAUUAUAAAGUGAAGGCACAGAAUGUGAGGAAGAAGAAGGAAGUCCUGAGCUCUGUGUAUUCUGAGGAGGACAAAGAAACAACUGAGGCUAAGACCAAGCUGGGAAAGAAACGGCGAGACCGUCUGAAGAACGCCGAUAAGCAGAUCACAGGAGCGGAAGAAGCGAGCAUGGAUUCUGCAGAGGAGACGAUUCAAGCUCUCAACGAGGCUUUGGACAACACUGAGGAAGGAGAGGAGAUCCUGGUACCCAAGAAGAAGAAGAAGCUAGAAGAGCAAACCAAGGAUACAGCGGAGCAGACAGCAGAGAAACGAAAAGAAGGCAAGAACAAGACUGCAUGGUCCAAGAAGAAGCCCAGGAGGUUAGGUGGACGCCUCCAACCAGGAACCAAGAGGGUGAAAAUAGGUGGCCGGGAGUUCAGCAGACAGAGACUGAAGGCCUACGGGCUGAACCCCAAAAGGCUGUACUUCAGACAGCUCGGCAGACAGAAGCGGAAAGAGCAGGAGAAGAAGCUGAAGCAGAAGAACGAGGAGGGAUGAGAGCUUCCACGAUUUUAAUUGGUUUCUCCUGUUCUAAUUCAACAUGUUGGGAAAGUCCAUCCCUACCAACUACAGGAGAACUAGAGAGUCUGCCUUCUCUGUCAGAGCCCCCAGCACCUGUUCAUGCUGAGUAUUGCUUGGGGGGCAUUUCA